CGCGCUCGCGCCGCACGCACGCUUUCAAACGUUUCGCGCGUAUCGUCUCGGUACGCGCACCUCUAACGCGUUUAAACGCUCUCCGCGCCGUCGCCCGCGUCGCGCCGCCGUGACGCGCGCGUUUCCGGGACCCACGCACCGCGAGGGAUAAAGGAAAAAAAAGAAGAUGACGCACGCGGUCACGACCGUGCUUCCGCAGCUCCCCGAGCUGAGCCACGAGCUCGUGGCGAAGCGACAGAACGCGGCGCGCGCGACCGGGCCGAGACCGCCGGUGAAGCUCGCGACGGCGUUUUACGACCGCCGCCCCACCGCGCGCCUCGCGCGGCUCCUGAACGAAGAGCCAGAGCUCGCGGCGCAGACUGACGCGGACGGCGAACACUCGCGAUCGCUGUUCCACUACAUGGCGAUGCGAAUGACGAGAGAGAUACGCGGCAGGAUGGCCUCCAUCGACGCCGCGGUCGACCACGCCGCGGACGCGGUCCUCGAGGGCAUGGCCCUCGACGGCGUCAUGGGCCUGGAGGCGAAGCUCGCGUCGUUGGAGCGCAUCUUAUCGCGGCAGAUCGCCGUCCGCGGCGAGGACGCGUUCGCCAAGGCGAUGAAUUUCGCCGCCGCCGGCAUGGGCAUCACCGCGGGCGCGGCGUCGUCGCAGAGCCAGAGCAACAACGCGGUGCCGUCGCGACUCGAGGAGGAGGCGAGGCUGACGCCGAAGCACGUCCGGUGCGAGUCCGAGGGCGAGAACGGCGAGGUCGUGUGCGUCCUCGACGAUCCGCUCUGUUGGGAGACGCAGGAGGUUAUGCGCGUGCCGAGGGACGGGCUGGACCACAAGAUGAGGCACCUCCAUCGCGGCUGAGAGCGACGAGCGGCUAAACCCUAAACCCUGACGCCGCGUCGUUCGCUCGCGACGACGUUCGUUGUACGAUAGUUAGAGAAGAUUUAUUUUGUAACGCAGUGCCUGCUUUGUACGCG